AACUGGGAGGUUCGACCACUAAAUCACGAUAUCCGAUGUUUUCAUUCCCUCCCUGACGGCCUGAUUUCCUUCAUAAAAAAAUAAAAAAACAAUAAAACUUGCCUCGCUGCUGAUAGGUCAGAGGAGGACGGCCCAGCAAAGAGAGCUAGAAGAGGAAAAGAGAGGACGACUGGACAUCACUCAGUCUGGAGAUCAGGUGGAGGAUUCUGGGCCAAAUUAAAGUCUAUCUCACCUGGCUGAAGUGUGCGUGAGGAUUAGGAGAGUUUCAUCCUUGUAACAGAACUGGAACUGUGAGAAGAAUUUUUCCCAGCUGGCGAUGGGCAAAACAAAAAACUCUGAAGUGGAGGAGAGACCCAAAUGGGACAACAAGGUCCAGUACCUGCUGACGUGUAUCGGCUUUGCUGUGGGACUUGGAAACAUCUGGCGUUUUCCCUACCUGUGUCAAGUCUAUGGAGGAGGUGCGUUCCUCAUCCCCUACCUGAUAGCGCUGGUGUUCCAGGGCCUCCCCCUGCUCUACCUGGAGCUGGCCAUAGGACAGAGGCUCCGCAAGGGCAGCAUCGGCGUCUGGAAAGCCAUCUCACCAAUGCUGGGUGGAGUCGGCAUCGCCUCCAUGAUAGUGUCAUUCCUGGUGGCCCUGUUUUACAACACCAUCCUGGCCUGGGUGCUCUGGUACUUCUUUCACUCUUUCCAGAACCCUCUGCCGUGGAGCCAGUGUCCGCUGAAUGACAACCUGACAGGUUAUAAUGACGAGUGUGUGAAGAGCACUCCAGUGAACUACUUCUGGUACCGUGAGACCCUGAACAUCACACCAGACAUCGAGAUCAGCGGCUCCCUGCAGUGGUGGCUGGUCAUCUGUCUGGCCAGCGCCUGGUUAGUGGUCUACAUCUGCUUCAUCAAAGGCAUCGAGUCCAUGGGAAAGGCUGUGUAUGUGACGUCCACAUUUCCCUACCUGGUGCUGACUAUCUUCCUGAUCCGUGGCCUCACUCUGCCCGGAGCUACUGACGGACUGGUGUACCUCUUCACUCCUGAUUGGGAGAUUCUGAAGAACCCUCAGGUGUGGCUGGACGCUGCCACUCAGAUCUUCUUCUCUCUGUCUCUGGCGUUUGGAGGUCUCAUAGCUUUCUCCAGCUACAACGCUGAGAGAAAUAACUGUGAGAGGGACGCUCUCCUCGUAGGAAUAAUAAACAGUGCCACCUCGCUCUAUGGCUCCAUUUCCAUCUUCUCCAUCCUGGGAUUUAAAGCAAACACUGCCUACAACUUCUGUAUGGAGGAAAACAUCUUGGCUGUGACCAACCACUUUGAGUUUUCAGACCAGAACAUCACAGUGGAGAACUACAAUCACUGGUUUGAGUAUCUAAAGCAGACAUCUCCAGGUGAGCUGGCCAAAGUGGACCUGAGGCCCUGUGACCUGCAGACCUUCCUCGACCAGAGCGCCUCAGGUACCGGCCUGGCUUUCAUUGUGUUCACUGAGGCAGUGAUCGAGAUGCCAGGCUCACAGGUAUGGGCCAUACUGUUCUUCGUCAUGCUCUUCAGCCUGGGCCUCUCCUCCAUGUUUGGCACCAUAGAAGGAGUCCUCAAUCCCAUGAAGGACCUCAAACUAAUGCCCAAGUGUAUCCCCAAUGAGCUCGCAACCGCGAUCAUGUGCCUGGUCGCCUUCUUGGUAGCUCUCAUCUUCACCAUGGCGUCAGGAAACUACUGGGUGGAGAUCUUCAACAGCUACGUGGGCUCUGUUCCUCUGCUCAUCAUCGCGUUCAUUGAGAUUAUUGGAGUCGCCUAUAUCUAUGGAAUGAAAAAUUUCAGCGAAGAUAUCUACUUCAUGACUGGGAAGAGGCCCAACAUCUUCUGGAAGGCGUGCUGGAUGGUCAUCAGUCCUUUGAUGCUCCUGGUGGUGUUGGUUUCCUACGUGGUCGUCCAGGCACAGAAACACCCCACCUAUCCUGCAUGGAACCCAGACUAUGAACUGUUCCCAAAAACUGAAACCAAGUCCUACCCAGACUGGGUGUUUGCCAUCAUCAUCCUCCUCUCUGUAGUACCUGUGAUUUCCAUCCCUCUGGUGGCUCUCUACAGACUCAUCUGCUGUGGACUCAAGAAGUCGUCUGCUCGUGCCGACCUAACUCCCUACUACAACAACAGCUUUGAGGCUGAAACACCGCAUGAGAACCAGAGAGCUUAAAAAUGUUUGCAAGAAACAACGUUACUGCACAGAAAAGGACCUCCUGAUCGUUAUCGCCUCGUCUGUGGAAUCUUUAUUCAGCCGACAGCUGACAUAUAAUCAGUCACACUGACUUUACUACUGAUUUAUGUUGUUUACAUUUAUCAGCGUUUAACAGAACCUGAAAACUGGA